AUGGCGAAGCUCUUCAUCGGAGGCCUUGCCUGGCAUACUACCGACGACACACUUUACGAAGGGUUCCAACAGUUUGGCAAGAUCGAAGAGGCUGUUGUGGUCAAAGAUCGAGAUACCAACCGGAGCCGUGGAUUCGGGUUCGUGCGCUUUGCGACAAAGGCGGAAGCCGACGAGGCCUUGCAAAAGAUGAACAACACAGAGUUCGACGGUCGUUUGAUUCGAGUAGAUCACGCUCAGGACAACAGGACUGGUGGCGGUGGUCGAGGCGGUGGAUUUGUUGGAAGAGGUGGAUACACGGUGCCAAUGGCGACGCAAGGAGGGUACACACAGCCCGGAACUCAAGCACGGGAUCCGAACACUCUUGGUUAUGGCCGUGGCGUCACAUAUGCUCCCUCCUGGGGACAGUACAAUGCGCAAUACCAACCACAAGGGGGGCCGUACGCCGGUGGCCAAUCUCAAGGCGGCAAUGACCCUUAUGGGCCACAAGGACCCUAUCGCCAAUAG